AUGUUUCCUNUCCGGCUCGAGUCUGUGGUGUUUCCCCUUCUCAACCCGGGCGAGGUUGCCGAGGUCGGAAUUCAGUUCCGUUGUCAAUGUGGAGCAAUUCACGUAGGCGAGCCGUUGCCAACGCGAGGAGAGACCGGAGAGGCGUGGAGUUUGUCGGACAUUGUCGUGGAAGCGAUAGGGCACACAUGCCCGGAAGCACGACGAGGUCGGGAGGGAGUGGGCGCAGGCAGCAACACGGACAACAACGCGGAGCUGGCGUCGGAGAUUAGGACGGGGGGAGCAGGAGGAGGCAGGAGGGAGGUAGGGGUGUGUGCAGCGUGCUUGUCCGCUGGCGUGAGACGCGAUUUCCUCCUCUCCAACAAGCACGAGCGAAAGGGUCCCAAAAUCUGCCUUGCGAUCUAGAAAAAAAUUCGCGAAGAGGGUGGCCACACCUCGACAACCAGCGAUGACAGUACGAGCGAAGACGGCAGUGCCAGCGACGAAAGUUCGAGCGAGCACGAUGCCGGUGAAGAAGAUACCGACAGUUAAAAGGAAUGUGUAUUUUCUUCUAUUCUUCCGGACGGGUACCCAACCGGAGGAUUUUUUCGGAGGGAUUUUUCGUUUGCACACUCCGGGCAGCUAAUGUUGAGCUGAUGUUGUGGGGUUUUUUCCAAUGUACGUGUGCAUCGGAAAUGGCACGUCGUGGUACACAGGGUUUUUCCGGAGAAAAAACAAUAUGAAGUAAUUAUUAAAAAAAAAAAAAUGGGAGCAAUGCUCGCACGGCGGCGGCCCACGGCGUGCGGCCUCCCCGAGGAGUGCAACACACGACAGCAGGCUAACUUCUUCCCGUUUUCCCUUGGAUAAUCGGUACUUCAUUAUCACCGUUGAAGGACAGAUGGUCACACAGUACACAACCCUUCGUGGGACGCAAGGGACAAACUGGGGUCGCAUGAAAUCCUGCCCUUGUAUUGAAUGGUACCCCAUACAUACCCCGAUGGAAACGCGGGUAUGACGACGAUGGAAUGUCUAUCCGACGAUAUAAAAACCAGACCCACUGCCCAAAAAAAAGUAACCCUUCAUCCGCACAAAAACGUCGACAUAACGGGAGCCGCGAAACGCACGGCGCCCACGUGCCCCACGCCCCAACGGUCCAAGAGUCCUCACGCGACAGGAAGGACAGCAACACACGAACAAAAAAAAGAAAAAAAGAAAAAACGCGAGAGCCGAAGAUAGAACCACUAUUAUAGCAGACCCCCCUCCCCGCCGCUCCUUUCCUGGGCGCACUCGCGCAUGUAAAUAUCCCCAAGCCCCCCUCCCUCCCUAGGAAAUAUCCCCAAGCCCCCCUCCCUCCCUAGGGUAGGCAUAAUAACGGAAAACUGGUGCGAGCACCGCUGCAUCCGUCGCGAGCACACUGUUCAGUACUACAGCAUGGCCUUGACUACUUCCGUCGGGAGUCCGUCGUUACCAUCGCCAGCGAAGACCUUGGUAGCCGCGCGCAUGCACUCCCCCGCUUUCAACUGGUUACCCCUUCCGAAGCAUCCAAGGUCUUUGGCGGUGGCGUAGUACACCUGGUUCCUGACCCUUUUCGCCACGCAGUACCCUGGGUCAUCCUUGUACCUGGUGAAGACAUCCUAACGCACAACAGCCAAACAGUAGUCUACGCAGACUGGUGCAGCCCGCAGGAGGUAGUUGACGGGUCUUCCUGCCAGCUGACGGGCGGCUGAUGGUGAUCACAGACUCCCUCCGCCAGCUCCUCCGCCUGCCUCUGGAUGAAGCUGCGGAUGGUCUCCGGGUGAAGCCUCGCAUGCUGUAGAAUCGCGACUGCUGUGUCCUCGCUGCUCAGGCUGGGAGGCUCAACCCUGACCAGACCCGGGCAAAGCUCUCCUGCGUCCACUGGAGCGUCGAAAAAAGGGUCAUCUUCGCCCUCCGCCAUAGCGCCACGAGAUGGCGCGGUCAUGGAGGGCUGCUUUCCGCGUGUGGCUGCCUUCGAGGUUGUGUCAUGUUCGCUGCCGUGGUCCAGUUGCUGGGUU